AUGCAUCGUGAUCGUAUUUGUGUUCGUUUUUGUGAAGAUACCCCAGAGUUUAACAUUAAAAUUGAGGCUAGCGCUAAGAAGAAAAAUGUGAAAACUCCUGUUUCUGGCAAACACCAAGUAGUUCUUCAAAAGUUUGAGAAUACCUAUUGUAGGACCAACAUCAAAAGUUUUGGAAAAGUGACCUCCUUUCAUAGUGACGGGAGGAAAGUCAUAAAUCACAAUUUCCAAUGGAAAGACUUCGUCAGAGGGGAAGAUCUGGUGUGGAAGUUGCAUCAACAUUUUCGGCAGCAGUCACAUCUGCAGGCGAGACAACCCCAAGAUAUAAGAAAAAUCGCAGAAUCAAGCAUUGAUCCAUUACCACCUUUGGAAAUUUCUGAUACAGAAUAUGAAGACUCAAAGUAA